AUGGGCAGAGGGCUCUCCAGGCAGCUCCAGCAGGGGCCGCCCCCCACAGAGGACGCUCCAGCCCAGGACCCUCCACGCGCGCCCCUCAGGACGGCCUCGCACACGUCAUGGUUCAGGAAGGUCAGGAUGAGGCACCCACAUCGCCGCGUGGGCCCCGAAAACACAGAGGAUGUUCCUGUGGCUCCUCCAAGACCUCCCGAGCCACAAGGAACUUGCGCGGAGGAGCCCUCUCUCCAGACGCACAUCAAGCCACCAGGAACCUGCGCGGAGGAGCCCUCUCUCCAGACGCACAUCAAGCCACAAGGAACCUGCGCAGAGGAGCCCUCUCUCCAGACGCACAUCAAGCCACAAGGAACCUGUGCAGAGGAGCCCUCUCUACCGUCGCACAUCAUUGAAGUGAGGCCAGCGUCGAAGACCUCCCGAGCCACAAGGAACCUGCGCGGAGGAGCCCUCUCUCCAGACGCACAUCAAGCCACCAGGAACCUGCGCGGAGGAGCCCUCUCUCCAGACGCACAUCAAGCCACCAGGAACCUGCGCAGAGGAGCCCUCUCUCCAGACGCACAUCAAGCCACCAGGAACCUGCGCGGAGGAGCCCUCUCUCCAGACGCACAUCAAGCCACCAGGAACCUGCACGGAGGAGCCCUCUCUCCAGACGCACAUCAAGCCACCAGGAACCUGCGCGGAGGAGCCCUCUCUCCAGAUGAUGCGGAGCAUCUUUUUCCCCCCCCCCCUCGAACGCACAUCAAGCCACCAGGAACCUGCGCAGAGGAGCCCUCUCUCCGAACGCACAUCAAGCCACAAGAAACCUGCACGGAGGAGCCCUCUCUACCUUCGCACAUCAUUGAAGUGAGGCCAGCGUCAAAGUUUCUGGGGAGAGAGGAGCUCCCCUGGGCGGACAGCAGCCUGGAAGUGCAGAGGGGGAGCCUGACGUCCUCCGAGAGAGCAGAGAGCAGCUUCCUCUCGGAGAAGAGCCCAACUCCGCUGCAGAACAAACUACCCAAAGACUUGGGCUCAAAGGAAGUUGGGAUCCCUUCUGAGUUGUUCCUGCCGGAGUGGGUGGCCCUGGACCUCAAUACAGAGAGGAGGCAUUGCCCAAUGCCUUCCUCAGGAGAUGAAGAGGGGCCUCCUGCAGAGACCUUCCGGGUGGCAGGUUCGUCCCAGAGAAAUCCGGCCUUCAGGUAG